AUGUCUCGUCGCUGGGCGCGAAAGGUUGAGCGCUGCUGUUGCACCUUCGCAACCUACAUCCCUCUGACCUUCGUCUAUGGUUUAACCACCUGGGCCGUUUGGGUGGAUGUCACCAUUGGGUCCGCGCCCUCGAAAGCCUCUUGGCUCGGUUCCGCGUCGUCCUUCGGCGCCCUCCUCCUCUAUGGCCUGCUCAACUGGUCUUAUACCACCGCCGUUUUCACGAACCCAGGGAGCACGACGAAUGAUAAUGGCUACAGUACGCUACCGACUGAGGCGCCCCCGGCCGCCACCUCCUUCACUGUCAAGUCAAAUGGCGAGUUGCGAUUCUGCAAGAAGUGCCAGGCUAGGAAACCGGACCGCGCCCAUCACUGCUCGACCUGUCGUCGCUGCGUCCUGAAAAUGGAUCAUCACUGCCCUUGGCUGGCGACCUGCAUCGGCCUUAAGAACCACAAGGCAUUUCUGCUGUUCCUGAUCUACACGACGCUCUUCUGCUUCUACAGCUUCUUCGUCGCUGGCAGCUGGGUAUACAUGGAGGUCAUCAACAACACGACGUACGUUGAGACGCUGAUGCCCAUCAACUAUGUCAUCCUCAGCGUUAUUGCCGGCAUUAUUGGCAUCGUCGUGGGCGCCUUCACUGGCUGGCACAUUCUGCUUGCGAGCCGUGGCCAGACGACGAUCGAGUGCCUGGAGAAGACGCGAUACCUGUCACCACUGAAGAAGCAGAUGCAGCACCAAUUUGUCGCCCAACACAACGGCGAGGGUAUCCCCCUGCCUGCGUACGGGCAGCAGCUCCUUGACAUCCACGCGAACGCCCUCCCGGGUAUCACACGACCAGAGGAGGGCGAGGAAUACCGGGGUCAACCGGGAGGCUCGAGGCCGAUGCAUGCUUCAUACGAAGAGAUGGAACGCGAGCGCGCGAAGAAGCGCUACGAAGAGUACCUCGAUGAGAAGGACUCUGAGAAGCUCCCUAACGCUUUCGACCUUGGCGUAAAACGUAACCUCCUGCACCUCUUCGGCCUCAAGCCCUUGUUGUGGUUCGUCCCCGUCUGCAACACCACGGGCGACGGCUGGUCAUGGGAGCCCAGUCCCAAGUGGUUGGCGGCUCGCGAACAGCUGGCCAGGGAGCGCGAGGAGCAGCGUGCCCGCGAAAUCAACGCCGGCUGGGGCACUGAGGAGCCCCCAACCUUCAUGCGCGACGUACCCACCAAGCCGGAUGGCGCGGGCCGCCACUAUCUCACCUCACCCCCUCCUAACACCAACGGCGCGCGUAAGAUGCCAUCCAAGGCUGACCGGGUGCUGGGGCGUGACCCUAAUCUCUAUGCCGACGGGUUCCAGGACUCGAUGCCAAUGCGGAAGCUCAGCCCGCGCGGCCGCGCGCUGGAGGACGACCUCGAAGACAGUGACCUUGACGUGGACGACCCCGCGGCGGCGGAGCACCGGGCUCUGAACCUUGUCACCAACGGCGGUUGGGGACGCAGCGGCGCCAGCGGGGUGUUGAGGAAGCACAGUCCGACGUCGCCGUCGUUCAUGAACCAGCCGGAGAACGACGAUGACGUGGAUUGA